AUGGCUGCCUCCGUGGGCGCUGCGUUCCUCACCACACCGGCACCCAGGACCAGCCCAGCGCGGCACUCUCACUCCACCUCCGGGGCUCCACCAGUCCGGGGCCGCUUUAUAAAGGGAGCGGAGGACCGGCCUUUGCCCUCUGCCCUGAGGUGUGCUGUAGGGGAGAUUGUGCUGCCAGAGGGUAGGAGAGGGGUCAAGGAGAGUGAGGCGCACGGGCGCCCACUGUCCCUCACGCGUGCUCUCCACGUGCUUCCGGAGGUGGCUGGAGAGCACAAGAAGUCGCCCUCCCCCGGCCUGACUCCCCAGCUCGGCAGAGUCGAGGAAGAAUCCAGGGUGUUGGGAAUGGGUUCUGCCACCACCUGCCGCCUGUCAGCCUCUAAUGCGGCUACAGCCCCGUUCCCAGAACGUGUCCCUGUCCUCCUCCUAGUGGCCUUCGCCUCCCAACCUGCCGACGUGGUGUACUACUCUUUUCAGGGGUCUUUGGAAACAUCCCCUGCCCCUGAGAUUGCUGUGGAGUCAUCACAGCCCAUCGGGGAGACCUUAAGGCCAGUGUGGGGGCCGAUGGAUAAGUGCUACCCCGUGACCACUCAGAGACGUGGAGUCAGGAGUGGGAAGAAGCAUGACUCUGAGGCCAUGACCCCCAAGGCAAUGCGAGGACCCAAAGAUGCUGCCCCCAAGGAGGAGACUGCUGUCUUGUCUAGGGAGGAGCGGCAGGUGGGGGCCCUGGGGGAGGAACCAGCCAGCCUCAUUCAUGGUGUGAAAGGGGUGACUGAGAAGGAAGAGGAGGUGGCAGGGACCCCAGGAUGGCAGGAGAAUGUGAAGGCCCAAAAGGAGACAGCCGUGUACGUUUCAGAGGCUUCCGAGGAGGACAUCGUGGAGGAAAGCCCCGGGGGCUGGGUCCCCCAGCUCUUGAGGAAGCUCUGGCUGGGAUGGUGCCCCGCCUCUGACAUCCCCAAGACUCGGAGCCACGAGUGA